CCCCGCCUGGCCUCCUACCUCCGGCAGCACCGGCGGGUGCACGGUGCCCUGAGCCUGCUGGCGCCCGCGCCCUCCCGGGCCGACAAGGAGGAGAGAGGCGUGGCCGGCGCUUCCAAGGGAUGGAACUUUGCCAAAGGGGCGGAAUCCCAGGGGCAGAACGGAGAAGAGGGCGGGGGGCUCCAGGGAGAAGCGGGGCCCGGGGAGGACCCCCCCCCGCCUCCUCCGCCGCCCGUGGAGCCCCGUUUCCGGUGCCCGGAGUGCGGCAAGGGCUUCCGCCGACGGGCCCACCUCCGCCAGCACGGCGUCACCCACUCGGGAGCCAGGCCCUUCCAGUGUGUGCGCUGCCAGCGGGAGUUCAAGCGACUGGCGGACCUGGCCCGUCACGCCCAGGUGCACGCGGGGGGCCCCGCCCCGCACCCCUGCCCCCGCUGCCCCCGCCGCUUCUCCAGGGCCUACAGCCUCCUGCGGCACCAGCGGUGUCACCGGGCCGAGGUGGAGGGGGCCCUGAGCAGGGCCGCGGCCCCCGCCGAGGAGGCGGCCCCGGCCCCGGCGGAGACAGUGGACGACCCCCCCUCUCCCCCCUCUCCCUCUCGGAGCCCCCCGCCCGCCCCGGCGUACCUCAGCGCCUCCUGCUUCGACAGUCAGGACCACUCAGCCUUUGAGCUGGAGGAGGAGGAAGAGGGGGGGCCGGGGGGGACAGAAAGGGUGCCCUCCUGACAGCAGAACCCCCCAUGUGUUUUAUGGCCGCCCCGUCCCCUCUGUCCCCUCUCUGGAAGAAAGAGCAAGAUUGAGGUGAGGGGCAUCUCCCUGGGAGAUGGCCAAGAGUUCGGGACCCUAACUCCCCCCCGCCCUUGCAGGAUAGCCCCCUCCCCACACCGACCCGGAGCCCCACCCUCUCGUCACCACAGGCGGCCGAGGGUCCACGUUCCGGCCGAGGGGAGUCGAGGGGCGGCGUGGCUCUUCUGGUUCCCAGGGGCCUCCGCCCCCACCCCGUCUCCUCGCCCCUCUGCCCACGCCCAGUCCUUCCAGGCUUCUAGUCUGCAGUGGCGAUGGCGGCGCCAGGGGGCAGGGGUCCCAGGCUGCGGGCUGGGGGUGGACGUGCCUGUUCCCUGUUCCCCGUCUGUCUAUGAAUAAACUCGACUGGACCCCAGCGGAA